AUGGCGGCCCUAGCUGAGGUCCCAUGGCUAGACGAUGAUGUGAUACCGCCACCCCCUGAUGCAGAUGACAGGGAGAUUACUAUUCCCUGGGGUGGUUGGGUGCACGAGAAGCCCCCUGCUAGACGCCGUUCUAGGGCCAGAGCAGUAGUGGGGACACCUUCACCAUCAGCCCCUACAGCAGCCCCAUCCUCUUCCACGGCAGCAGCUCCAUCUUCAUCUACAGUUCCUUCUGCAGCACCUGAGCCUACUUAUCUCCUGGUCCAGCGUUUAUUUCGGUUCCUAGAGCGUGAGAGACUCCAUGUCAGACGCCGAUUAGAUCGGAUGGACCGGGCACUUAUUUCCCUGGGUGCUGAGUUACCUCCGCUUCCCGAUUUUCCGGCCUCCGAUGAGCAGGAUCGUCAGGAGGAGGAUACGGAGGCACCGACUCAGCAGGAUGCUCCUCCAGUUGCCCUAGACACCACAGAGCCAGUUCCACCGCCUCAGACAGCUUCGGCUCCUACCGUUGUACCUUCCACUGAUCCUCCGGUUUAG